CAAGAAUCAAAUAGAGCCAAUUGCCAACAUUAUGCCGGGAACUGGCAAUUACGUUCGUCUGGUGUCCAUAGCGGUAGUUAUCUACCCCCAUGCACCGUCAGUGCAAGGAUUUGUAACGGAACUGCGACGUGGAUUUUUGCCGACGAUCCAGACCGGGUGUUCCUCGGCGACGUCGCUGUUGGCGUACCAUCCUCUGUCGACGGCUCUGGAACAGAUUGCCAACGAAAGAUCUAUUCGAGACUCAUCGUAUCGAAAACUUUCCUGGUUGGAUCCCACCACAGCGUCGCCACGGUUGUCGCAGGACAUUGCAGUAGACAAGGACGCAUCUCAAGCGGGCCCCAACACGGCAUCCGAAGAAGUUCUACCACUAUACCCCUUGCAAGCAGUCUACGUACCGACAGAGACAUCGUUAAAACACUCACAUUUUACCAAUUAUACACUCAACAAUGUGGAGCCACGCAACAUUCGGAUGGCUUUGGAUCUUUGGGACAACAAAACCGCGUCCAAUCGACGAUUUUGCUCUGUCCUCCGGUGUGUCGACAGUGGACGACUUGCCACAAUCGGGACUGUAUUGCGGAUCGUCGCCUUGGAAACACAGUACGGUGCUGUAGAUCCGACGAUUGUGUUGCGUGUCAUUGUAAAAUGUGUUGCUGAGGAGCUCGUAGAGAUCGCCGGCAUUGAAAAUCCCGAGGCCGCAACUCAAGAGGCACGGUUGUUGGGACGACCAGAAUACCUCCAGGCUCGUAUAAAAAAGCGUACGCUUCCAGAGGAGGCCGACGACUUUCGGUCAGGAGAGGCACAAUGGCUGGUACAGUUUACGCAAGACUAUCACGCUGUUCGAAAUUUCUAUUUGGGGGGUGUGGGUACCAAGGAUAUACCACAUUUCGCUUUGUCGACCGUAGAAGACUCGUUGCCAAUAUGGACAGAAGCUGAUUUUACACCCUGCAAGUUUUGGCAGAUUGCCGAAACCUGGCAGAGACUCUGUUACACUGUUCGUGAAGGUCGUCAAAUUAUGCUAUCAUCCAAUCGCAACGAGCUCAUGGUGACGGCGGCGCUAGGAAAGGGUGGGCCACUCCAGUUACCGAUUCACAUGGAAGAUCUGUCUGUCAACGAGCGUCAAGCGAUACAAACGCUAGAAGAAAAAGCUCGCGACGCUUGGUUGGAGUUGCGCCUCGACCCGUGCAUGGAUUUCCAAAUCCUAAUUGCUCUGCCGACGCAUCACGAGCGUGUUGCCUUCUUGGCCAAUUUGGUUUCUCGUGAACGUCGGCGACUAACGGAAUUGGCGUUGUCUUCUCCAAUAGAAAAGAGGGUAGAUGAGACGUCCGAGUUGCCGCGCAAAGGGGCAUGGUUUUUUGAAUGA